AGCAAUAGUAAUAUUUUUAUUAUAUACAAUACAUGAUGUAUAAAUGUGGAAAAUGUGGCUUAAACAAAAUGAAGAUUCCUCGUUUAAAUACAAGUCGGAAAUUUUUUCAUACUUAUGGUUUUUGAGAAAAUUAGCUUUGAAGGUCCGUCUAUGUUAAAUUAUUGCAAGAGGAAAUAAUGGCAAAUGAAUGGCUCAGCAACGGUCGUUUACAGGAAAAUACUGUUGUACAACGGACGAGAAACGACAGAGGCAAAAGAGCUCCGGAUAUAGCAGCUAUAGAGAAUCGCAAUUGGCUAUUACAUCGACAUUAUACGAGACACGAGUACAGUGCUUGCAAGCUACUAAUCGAACAAGAACUAAUGAAAUCGGAUGGUCACGAAUACGCCAGUUAUUUGAAGGGUUUAAUUCUCAGAAAAGAAGGCAAAAUUCAAGAUUCACUAGAUUGUUUUCAAACCGCGUACAAUGUGAAUUCGACUAAUGUCGAUAACGUUAAACAGAUAGCGAAUUCUUUAUUAAUAAUGGGAAGUCAUAGGCGUGCGAUAGAAGCAUACACGGAAGCUGAAAAGAUAUCCGCUGUACCGGAUUGGGAAAUAUAUUAUGGUCUUGGCGAGGCUUACGUGAAAUUGAAUCAAUUACAAGAGGGUAAGAAGCAUUUCAAGAAAUCAACCGAAUUAACGAAAAGUGAGUUGCCCAAUCUUGCCCUCGCAAGACUUUAUCUCCUAGAUGAUAUGAUUCCAGAAGCCAGAAAUGCUUAUACGGCAGCUUUGAACGCAAAUCCCGAAAGUAUCGAUGCAGCGACAGAAUUGGGCCUUUUGUAUCUCAAAAUUGGAGAUAUGCAACGAGCAUUUCAGCAAUUUGGAGCGGCAUUAGCUUAUUCGCCUAAUUGCGUUAAGGCGAUUUUGCCCAUGGCUUACAUAAUGCAGAAUCAUCGAGAUUACGAUGUGGCUUUAUCGAAGUAUAAAGUAGCAGCACAAAUCAUUCCGGAAUCUUCGGCGCUUUGGAAUAAUAUCGGAAUGUGUCUUUAUGCAAAACAAAAAUACGUUGCUGCUAUUAGCUCGCUGAAACGAGCACAUUACUUAAGUCCGAUGUCCUGUGUCCCGUCGUGUAAUCUCGGAAUCGUUUUUCUCACCACUGGACAGCCUGCAUCCGCCGCGAUUUACCUAUGCGCUGCGGUCAGCGCCGAACCAAAAAAUCCUACACCAUACUUGUUAUUAGGUCUGACUCUGAAACGUUUGGAUGAUCUGGAAGGUGCCGAGAAAUCCUUGACGAAAGCUCACGCUCUAGCUCCUCAGGAUCCACUGAUAUUGAUUAAUUAUGCCGUGGUUCUCGACGCUCGUGGUAAACAAACUAAUGCUACUGAAAUCUUGACAGCUCUCAACGAUAUUAUGGCUGUUGUUGACGUUGAUACGCAGAUAUCGCAAAUGGCGAAAAAGUUAUCAAAGAAAUUGCAACGUGAAAAGACGAAAUUAAAUACUAAUCAAGAACUGCCAGCUGAAGAGAGUGAAGAGCGACAAUUGAGCGCUGAUGAAGUUUAAAAAGUACAUUUUUCUCUCUCACUCUCUCUCUCUACAGACUUAGAGGAUAUCCAUAUUAUAUCUAUAUAAAUUUUGGAAAAAAUCUAACAAAAUAAUAUUUGUUGAGACA